AUGGGGGUGCGGUGGGGUCUGCGGGAGCCUCUCUUGGAGUGGACUCCACAGGAGGUCAAAGGAGACAUGAGAGGCUGUCUCCUCCGGGGAUGCGGAGCUGGGCAUCAAUGCUCCCAGAAGGCAAGUGGGGGACUGCUGGGUCCUCCAGCCCUCACCCACUCAAUGUUCCUCUGGCAUGGCUGCAGCCAGGGGGUCUGCUCUAAGCAGACACUGCUAGUCCCCCUCCGCUACAACGAAUCCUACAGCCAACCAGUGUACAAGCCCUACCUGACCCUGUGCUCCGGGAGGCAGGUCUGCAGCACCUACAGGACCACCUACCGCGUGGCAUGGCGGGAGGUGAGGCGCGAGGUGCUCCAAACUCACACCACAUGCUGCCAGGGCUGGAAGAAGCGGCACCCCGGGGCGCUCACCUGUGAAGGUGAGGCAGUGUCUCCCAGGGCCCUGGGGGCGGUGCGGGGGAGGUGCAGGAAGUUUGAGCCCCAUCUCCACCACCCCGCAGCCAUCUGCGCCAAGCCCUGCCUGAACGGAGGCCGCUGCAUCCGGCCGGACCAGUGCGAGUGCGCCCCCGGCUGGGGGGGGAAGCACUGUCACGUGGACGUGGACGAGUGUAGGGCUGGCGUCUCCCUCUGCUCGCACCGCUGUCACAACACGGAGGGCAGCUUCACCUGCAGCUGCCCUCGCGGUCUGCUGCUGGGCCCCGACGGGCGCACUUGCACCGAGGGGCCCCCGGAAGCCCCAACCAGCGCCAGUAUCCUCAGCGUGGCCGUUCGGGAGGCCGAACCCGAAGGGCGCGCCCUGAAGCGUGAAAUUCGCGAGCUGCGAGGGCGCCUGGAGCGGUUGGAGCAGUGGGCCAGUCAGGCUGGGGCUUGGGUGCGGGCGGUGCUGCCCAUGCCGCCUGAGGAGCUGCAGCCAGAACAGGUGGCCGAGCUGUGGGGCCGAGGCGACAGAAUCGACUCUCUCAGCGACCAGGUGCUGCUGCUGGAGGAGAGGCUGGGCACCUGCUCCUGUGAAGACAACAGCCUGGGCGGGAGCCUCAGUCAGCGUUAAAGAGCCCCUGCAGCAACCCUGCCCCCUAAUUUAUACGGAAACUGAACCCCACUAAUCCCCUCGGAUUGGGCACCUAGCAGCUGCAGAUGCAGCCUUGGGACCGGCAGAGUGGAAGAAGGCAUGCAGA